CAUUUCCCAAUCUGUAAAUUGCAGAUCGUUUCGCCGAAGCAUCGGCGGCCAUGGCGAUGCGGGCGACCGUGUCCCGAUUCCCGGCGGAUGACAAGACUCUGGAGGCCUCCGGCCUCCCUUGGGGCGUCACCGUGACGCCCUUCGCCCCCGCCGACGAGCGCGGCGACACCCCCCUCUACGGUUCCGGCGGCCACCUGCUCCCUCGCUGCGAAAACUGCUGGGGCUACCUCAGUGCUCUCUGCGAGAUCGAGCGGUGGGGCUGGACAUGCGCGCUCUGCGGCUCCUUCAUCGGCCUCGACUCCGCCACCCUCGACCGCUACACCCAACCCCAGGACUGCCCGGAGUUGUCAUCUUCCUUCAUCGACCUCGAGCUCCCAGCGGAGGGAUCUGGUGACGGGGAGAUGCAGACUCGACCUGUCUAUGUCGCAGCGGUGGAUUUAUCUUCUUCUGAAGAAUUUCUAGAACUUGUCAAAAGUGCACUCCUGGCAGCUCUUGAAGCUUUGGUACCAGGAUCAUUGUUUGGUCUGGUUACAUUCAGCCACAAGAUUGGCUUAUAUGAUGUUCAAGGUCCAAUAGCAGUCGUUAAAAACAUUUUUAUUCCACCUGAUUUGGAGGACAGAUUGCCUGUUGAUCUUGAAGAUGUCAUGCCACUGCUUUCGUUUCUAGCUCCUGUAGAAACAUGCAAGGAUCGUAUUGCUGCAGCUCUUGAGACACUAAAGCCUACAACUUCCUGGGAGAGAACAACUGCUGCAGGGCAAGGGCAUAAUGAUGGUGUAUUACUAGGUGGCCGUGGGUUUGGGGUAGCCAUGACAGCUCUCAUUGAUUACCUAAGUUCAGAAUAUGGGAGUACAUUUGCACUGGCCAGGGUAUUUGCAUUCAUGUCUGGCCCUCCUGAUUACGGAUCUGGACAGUUAGAUACAAGACGUUAUGGGGAACAGUAUGCUAGCAAGAGGGAAGAUGCUGACCUUGCUUUGCUCUCUGAGCAGACACCAUUCUACAAAGAUCUGGCUGCUGUUGCUGUUCAAGCUGGUGUUUGUGUUGAUAUUUUUGCUAUCACUGAUGAAUACACAGAUUUGGCUUCUCUCAAGUAUUUGAGUAUUGAAAGUGGUGGCUCAUUAUUUCUUUAUUCUAACAUGGAUGAUUCUACUCUUCCACAAGACAUGUAUCGUAUGUUGAGUCGCCCUUAUGCAUUUGGUUGCAUAUUAAGAUUGAGGACAUCUUCUGACUUCAAACUUGGAUACUCUUAUGGACAUUUUUUUCCAGAUCCACAAUAUGAAAAUGUUCAACAUAUCAUCUACUGUGAUUCUUUUGCCACAUAUGCAUAUGACUUCGAGUUUGCAAAUUCUAAUGGUUUCUUCAGGUAUACAGAACCUCCAGUUCUCCAGUUGGCAUUUCAGUACAGUAUUGUUGUUCCUCAGGAGGAUACUGACACUUCUGAGUCGAAUUCUGCUAGAAGCUCAAAGUUUUGUGUCAAGAGACGACUACGGAUAAGGACACUGCAAUAUAGUUCUGCUUCAAACAUGAAUGAACUUUAUGACAGUGUUGAUCCAGAAGCAACACUCUCCAUCCUUGUUCAUAAGGUGAUUUUAGCUUCCUUAAAGGAAGGUGUCAGAGAAGGAAGGUUGUUGCUCCAUGAUUGGCUGGUCAUUCUUACUGCUCAAUACAAUGAUGCACAUGGACUUGUACAAAGCGGUGCGGUGAAUGAAACUUCACGCGUUGAUGUUGCUUUCUCACAAUGUCCACAAUUACAGUCCAUGCCUCGACUAAUCUUUGCCUUGUUAAGGAAUCCUCUUCUCCGCUUACAUGAGGAAGGCAUUCACCCAGAUUUUCGUAUAUACUUGCAAUGCCUUUUUAGUGCUCUGGAGCCAAUUUCCCUUCAGCUUGCUAUAUAUCCAUUGCUUGCUUCCUACAGUACACCAGACAAUUUGGCAUACCCUCGCCAUUCAUUAAGUCGUGGAGCUCUCCUCGCAAGCGGAAGCCCGAUCUUUCUCUUGGAUGCCUUCACUAAUUUAAUUGUAUACUAUAGCCCUUCAGCUGAUCUUUCACUUCCUUUUCCUCCUCCGCAUGAUUGUCUUCUGAGGACAACCAUCAAUAAAUUAAAACAGGAAAGGUGCAUCACGCCAAAGCUUACCUUUAUACGCGGGGCGGAGGAUGAUGCCUCGGUAUUCGAGAGAUAUCUCAUCGAAGAGCAAAAUGUUGAUGGUUUCUCCAGUCUCAUGGGGUUUGAUUCCUUUCUGGAGGAGAUCUCCCAGGGAGUGGUAGAGUUCCUCAAGUAGAAAAGAGAUAGAUUAUUAAGCGGCAGUUUUUGAGAGUGAAUGCUAUCCGAAAUUUGCGUCGGUCAAGGUUAUCAACUCAGAAUGCUGAAGUAAUUGACAUUGUUUUCUUUGUUUGCAUGUUGUAAUCAAGUUGGAUAUGUUUUUUUUUUUUUUUUUUUGAUUGCAGCUGCAUAUCGAAUGUUAGCGAGGCGUUCUUUGCGUAGUGUAUAGAAAAGAACCAACUGACUGGCCCAUUGAUUAAUCAAAUUAGUUUGUCCUCUGAUUUCAUUUUAA